UCAUAAUCAUUAGAAAAUUUUCUUAGGAAGAAGAAAGAAAUUAUUAAUUUUUUUCUUCAUUUUUUUACAUAGUUUUUUCCAAUGUUAUUGAGAAUAUAAUUCUAUCGAAAAAGAAGAAAAUUUAUUGACCAAAAAAUGUCCAAUAAUCGACAAUCGAUGGAUACGUCCAUCGCCGUUAAAAAUUCGAACAAAAUUUUAACAAAAAAUCAUUAUGUUGUUGAUGAUGAUGAGGAAGAUGAAGAAAAAUUAACAUCCUGUGGUAUUGGUUCAUGGCGUCCAAAAUGGUUACAAUUUUUUUCAAGUCCAAUAUUUUUUCUUAUCAAUCUAUCAUUGGUCGGUAUUAUACAAAGUAUGAAUGGACCGAUAUUUUUUUCAACAAUGAGUACAUUGGAAAAACGUUAUGCAUUUGAUUCAAAAAUAUCUGGUAUCAUUUUGAUUGCCGAUAAUAUUUCACAAUUUAUGAUUAGUCCACUUGCUGGUUAUCUUGCUAUACGUUUUAAUCGAGCAAGAUUGAUUGCUGUUAGUGAAUUGUUUUUAGCAUUUGCAUGUUUUCUAACAGCAUCGCCAUAUUUUAUUUAUGGUCCAGCGGAAUUAUAUGAUCACCAUGAUAAUGGCAAUAUGACUAUUGGAGUUAAUAAUAAUUGGUUAGUGAAUAUUACACAAACAACACCGAUACCACCGAUAAUCAAUGGACAAUCAUCGAUACCGAUAAUAACAGCUGGACAAUCUGCAUCAUCAUCAAUAUUUCAAAAUUUAAAAAAUAAUCAUAAAUCAUUGCAAAUGUGUUCAGAUAAUAAUGCCGAAAUUAAUGAAAUGAGAUGUUUGGAUAAACGUGGCCAUACAAAAUGGCUUGCUGUUAUAAUAUUAUUUUUCGGUUGUUUUUUCAAAGGUAUCGGUUUUACCUGUUAUUUUGUUAUCGGUUUUCCUUAUCUGGAUGAUAAUGUUGGUAAAAAAAAUUCACCAAUCUAUAUGAGCAUUAUACAAGCGAUACGUUUAAUUGGUCCAGCUUGUGGAUAUUUAUUGGCAUCAUUUUGUCUAAGAUUUUAUGAAAAUCCUUUGGCAAAUGUAGGAAUUACACGAACAGAUCCACGUUUUGUUGGUGCAUGGUGGCUUGCAUUCUGUAUAACGGGAACAUUAUUGUUUAUUGUAACAUUACCGAUGUUUUUAUUUCCGACACAAUUUAAAACAGCUUCAUGCAAAGCAACUAAAAUGAAAAAACGAAUGAAACAAGCCGGUGGUAGUUUACAGGCAUUUAAACGUUUUCUUACAAAUCCAUUUAUUAUGUUAUAUCUUGCUGGCAGUAUAUUCCGUUAUAUUGGUAUCGGUGGUUAUAUAAUGUUGAAACCAAAAUUUAUUGAAUCACAAUUUAGACAAUCAUCAUCAUCGGCUAGUUUUAUAACCGGUACAACAUCAAUCUUACCAAUGGCUAUUGGAAUAUUAUUGGGUGGUGCAAUGUUGGCAUUGUUUCGGCCAAAUGCUCGUGCUAUAUUGAUUUAUGUUUUUUUCGCUGAAGGUUUAUCAAUUUUUUCAAUGGGUUCGGGAAUGUUUUUAGGUUGUGAUCCGGUACAAAUGGAUGGUAAUUAUAAUUCAUUAGGAAGAUUUACAAUGAAUGCACCAUGUAAUCAAGAUUGUUCGUGUACAACCAAUUCAUUUGCACCGGUUUGUGCUCCCGAUGGACGAACAACAUUUUUUUCGCCUUGUUUUGCCGGUUGUCGAGAAAUAUUUAUGGCAAAUCAAACAUUAACCGAUUGUUCCUGUAUAAAAGAUGUAAAUAAUGAUAAUCCAGCUCAUAUUGGUUAUUGUCAACGUGAUAUUGAUAAAUGUACAAAUUUAGUUCCAUAUUUGAUGGUUGUACUUGGUGGUUCUAUUGUAUCAGCAACAGCACGUACAGCUAAUGCAUUAAUAUCAUUCAGAUCGGUCGAUCCAAUGGAUAAAGGAUUUACAAUUGGUGCUGCAUCAGCAUUUAUGGCUAUUUUCGCAUUCAUACCAUAUCCAUUAAUAUUUGGUAAUAUUGCCGAUGCUUCAUGUAAAAUUUGGGAAUCACGUUGUGGUAAAUCAGGAAAUUGUUGGCUUUAUGAUCAGAAAAAAUUUCGUACAUUUUUUCAUGGCGGUGUUGCAUUUUUUUUGACAUUGGGUAGCAUAUUUGAUUUUGCAAUGAUAUUCUAUGCUGAUCGUAUUAAAAAUUUCUAUGGUGAUGAAGAUGAUGAUGAUAAUAAUAUUGAUAGUGAUGAUGGUAAUAAUAUUGAUCAUGAAUCGCCACCAGUAAUGAUCCAAGAAAGAAAUACAAGACAAUUAUCAAGAAAUUUUCCACCAAAAUCAGAAAUGCAUGAAUUUAGCAAUCAAAAUAUGCCUAAAUACCAGAAAUAAAAACAACAACAAGCCUAAAGAACAAUCAACUUUUAAAGAAUAUUCUUUUGUUGAAGCAAUCAUAACAAUUUUUUUCAAAAAUUUCAAUACUGGAUUAUCAAAAUUAUCA